AGCCGCAGAGCCGCGGUCAUGGGCAGCCACCCCGCCGUGCUGCUGGCGCUCGCCCUUUGCGCCCUGCUGGAAGCCGGUCUGGGCCAUCCCCCGGCCGAGUCGCACCUGGCCGCGCGGCCGAGGAGCAAGCGAUGUUCCUGCAACAGCUGGCUGGAUAAGGAAUGCAUCUACUUCUGUCACCUGGACAUCAUCUGGGUCAACACACCUGGGCACACCGCUCCCUACGGCUUGGGCAGCCCGCCAAGGCGACGCAAGAGGUCGGCGGGCAGGUGCGAGUGCGCACACUCCAGGGACAGCAUCUGUGCCACCUUCUGCCACGGCAGGCCUGGGUACCUCCAGAGUCUGAAGCUCCCCGUGAGCUCUGGAGCAUCAGCGAGGUCUCUGCAGAGCGGUGCCAUGAGGCCUCCCCAUCAUGGGCUGCUGAGAGCUCUCAGGGACCUCAGGGUCUCCAGCCCAGGCUCCAGCAAAUGCCAGCAGCACUCGCAGAGGGACACACAGCCACCAGCUCUGCCUUGGGAAAGAAACAUCUGGAAGAAGAAAAGAUAAG